CCAAAACAAAUCAACUGUUCUGAUCAUUUCUAAGCCAAAGCAAUGCCUGAAACUCUAAGGAAUCUCCAUCUUUCUCCCAAUAUCUUGUCCCUCACCUGGUUUCUUUCAUUAAACUCACUUGUGUUCUAUACUUGUUUUGCCAUUGAUGAACAAGGCCAGGCUUUGUUGGCAUGGAAGAACAGUUUAAACGGCUCCACAGAUGCGUUAAGAUCAUGGAAUUCACUGGACCAAAGUCCAUGCAAGUGGUAUGGGAUUCACUGCAAUACAAAUGGGGAAGUGGAGAAGAUAAGCUUAAAGGGAGUGGAUUUACAAGGCUCACUGCCUUCAGAUUUUCAGCCCCUCAAGUCCUUGAAGACCCUUAAUCUUUCAUCAAGCAAUCUCACGGGGACAAUUCCUAAAGAAUUUGGUGAUUACCAGGAGCUCACUUUGAUUGAUCUCAGUAACAACUCUCUCUCAGGUGGGAUACCUCAGGAAAUUUGCAAGCUUUGGAAGCUGCAGAGUUUAGCUCUCAACACAAACUUCCUUGAAGGUGAAAUUCUAGCUGAAAUAGGAAAUCUCUCCAAUCUUGUUUAUUUAACACUCUAUGACAAUCAGCUCAGCGGUGAAGUUCCAAAGAGCAUUGGAAAAUUGAGGAAGCUGGAGGUUUUCAGAGCAGGAGGGAACAAAGACCUUAAGGGUGAGGUGCCUUGGGAGAUAGGAAACUGCACCAGCCUGGUUAAGUUAGGCCUUGCUGCAACCAGUAUUUCUGGAAGCCUUCCUUCAUCAAUUGGAAUGCUGAGGAGAGUUCGGACUAUUGCUAUCUACACAUCAUUGCUGUCUGGUGCUAUUCCAGAAGAGAUUGGAAACUGCAGUGAGCUGCAGAAUCUGUAUUUGCAUCAGAAUCCCAUCUCCAGUCCAAUUCCCCGCAGAAUUGGUGAGCUACGGAAGCUGAAGACGUUGUCUCUGUGGCAAAGCAACUUGGUGGGAACCAUCCCAGAUGAGCUUGGAAGCUGCACUGAGCUGACAUUGGCGGACUUCGCAGAGAAUCUUCUCACAGGAAGCAUCCCAAGAAGCUUUGGGAACCUUUCGAGGCUUCGACACCUCAGCCUAAGUGACAAUUCUCUUCUCACAGGAAGCAUCCCAGAUGAGCUUGGAAGCUGCACUGAGCUGACAUUUGUGGAAUUAUCACGGAAUCUUCUCACAGGAAGCAUCCCAAGAAGCUUUGCAAACCUUUCAAAGCUUCAACAACUCCGGCUGAGUGGCAACCAGCUAUCAUAGUAUCUUUUCUUAUUUUAAAUAGAAAAAAGAUUAGACUUUUUGUCAAUGAAACAUUAUGUCAAUUGAAUAAAAAUUUAGAAAUUAA